AGGGAAUCACUUUUCUAAACCCGCUCUUCAUUAAUAAUGCUGAUGAGAAACGUGACGACUUGUCAUGUCGUCAUCGCCGUUACAGCGCGCGCGUGUCUCCCCACAGUUACUGGGCUGUUCUUCACAUUCCAGAGGCACUAAAAGAGGAGGAGAGGGGGAAAGAGAAAGCAGUCGAAAGCCCUGUGAGAGUGGGGAAAGCAGUGCACUGAAGAUCAGGAACGGUGAACUGGAGGAGCAGAACGACUUCAUCCGACUCGGGUCCCAGCUGCUCUACGGUAUAUGCGUGUAUAUGAUGAUGGCCAUGCGGUCGUCCUCCGUGUUCGUAGUGGUGUGUGUGUUGGCCGUGUGUGUGUGUCUGAGUGUGUGUGAGCCCGUCAGUUUGCGUCUUUCUGGAGAGAAGCGUAAACACUACGAGGGCCGAGUGGAGGUGUAUUACGGCGGAGCGUGGGGGACGGUGUGUGACGACGACUUCGACAUCAACGCCGCACACGUAGUGUGUAGACAGCUCGGAUACCUGGGUGCUGUCUCUUGGUUUCCGUCUGCUAAAUACGGCAAAGGAGAAGGUCCUAUCUUGUUGGAUAAUGUACACUGUACAGGGAGGGAGGCAUCGAUCUCUGACUGUAACUCAAACGGGUUUGGAGUUUCAGACUGUAAACACUCGGAGGACGUCGGAGUCGUCUGUACACAAAAACGCAUCCCAGGAUUCAAACACAUCAGCGUUAGCAGUAACGACGUGGAGACUCUGGAUGUGCGAGUAGAGGACGUGCGUAUCAGAGCCACCUAUUCCCACCGUAAGCGUAUUCCAAUCACGGAGGGCUUUGUGGAAGUGAAGGAUGAUGGGAAAUGGAAGCAGAUCUGCGAUGAGAGCUGGACGCCACAAAACAGCCGUGUAGUGUGUGGCAUGUACGGCUUCCCUGGAGUGAAGGGCUUCAACAAUAAAGCCUACAGGCUUCUGUCUCAGCGCAGGAAGAAGAGCUACUUUGAUUUCUCGGUGAACUGCACAGGAAAUGAAGCUCAUCUGACCGGCUGCAGGUUGGGCAAAGCCCUGGAAGUUACGGAAAGUCUGAAUGCCACAUGUGCCAAUGGAAUGCCCGCCGUGAUCAGCUGUGUUCCUGGUAGAGCCUUCGCACCAACACAUUCCUCAGGAUUCAGGAAGGCCUACAGAGCAGAGCAACCCCUGGUGCGUCUACGUGGAGGGGCGAAGGUGGGUGAAGGACGAGUGGAAGUGCUGAAGAACGGCAUUUGGGGAACAGUGUGUGACGAUAACUGGGACAUGGCAGCCGCCAGCGUGGUGUGUCGAGAGUUGGGCUUCGGCACUGCUAAAGAAGCCCUGACUGGCGCACGAAUGGGGCAAGGAAUGGGCCCGGUGCACAUGAACGAGGUGGUGUGCUCAGGGUUUGAGAAGUCUCUGACUGAGUGUUACUUUAACAGAGAAGCUCUGGGCUGCAGUCAUGAAGAGGACGCAGCUGUGAAGUGUAACAUCCCCGCCAUGGGCUUCCACAACAGGCUGCGUCUGAGCGGAGGCAGGAACCCGUACGAGGGCCGUGUGGAGGUGCUGGCAGAGAGGAACGGCUCGACGGUGUGGGGAGCGGUGUGCAGUGAGAGCUGGGGAAUCAUGGAGGCCAUGGUGGUGUGCAGACAGCUCGGAUACGGCUUCGCUAAUCACGCCUUCCAGGAGACAUGGUACUGGCAGGGUGAGGUCGGUGCUGAUUCUGUACUGAUGAGUGGAGUUCGGUGUUCAGGUACUGAGAUGACUCUGGCUCAGUGUCUCCAUCACGGGAAACACGUCAACUGCCCCAGAGGAGGUGGAAGAUUCGCCGCUGGAGUCUCCUGCACUGAGAGCGCCUCGGACCUGGUACUAAACGCAGAGGUCGUUGAACACACCACGUAUCUGGAGGACCGGCCGAUGUACGCUCUGCAGUGCGCUCAUGAGGAGAAGUGUCUCUCCAACAGCGCCAACACGGCAGACCCGUCCUCAUACCGCCGACUGCUGCGCUUCUCCUCUCAGAUCCACAACAACGGCCGCAGCGACUUCAGACCCCGCACUGGACCCCAUGCCUGGGAGUGGCACGACUGUCACAGGCACUACCACAGCAUGGAGGUUUUCACUCACUACGACCUUCUGAGUAUGAACGGCACUAAAGUGGCCGAAGGUCACAAAGCCAGCUUCUGCCUGGAGGACAGCGAGUGUGACGAAGGUAUACAGAAGCGUUAUGCGUGUGCUAAUUUCGGUGCUCAGGGGAUCACAGUGGGCUGCUGGGACUCGUACAGACACGACAUCGAUUGCCAGUGGAUCGACAUCACUGACGUCAAACCCGGAGAUUAUAUAUUGCAGGUUGUGAUUAACCCUAAUUAUGAAGUAGCCGAGUCGGAUUACACCAAUAACAUCAUGAAGUGUAAAUGUCGCUAUGAUGGAUAUCGGCUCUGGACCUAUAACUGCCAAACAGGUGGUUCUCGAAGUUCGGAUGUUGAUGAAUUUACAGGAAUAAUGACCAAUCAGCUUCAGCGCAGGUAGGAAAAUAGCCAAAGAGAGGAAAGUGAAGAGUGGAAUGGAGCCCAGUUGGACUUCUUACACGAGAACCAACCACUAGAAGGGGGAUGCUGACGGGACCAUCCUGCACCCAACAUUACAUUGUUUACUGUCUAGAAGAUGCGACAUCUGUCAUUACAGCUCUAUACCUGUAUCACGAACGACCCACAACCAACCGAGAGCAGCACCGGAAACCUAGUUUCUCUUGAUAGUAAUUUAUUGUAGUAGGGAAUGUAGUGAGGUAAAAUAACGAGCUCCAAAAUGCCUGCUAGCUUAGUAUGUACUAGAUUUGUUUUGAUAGUCUUUCUCAGACUGACCAAAGAGUUUUAAAGUAUCAGGCAAAAGUAAAAUGGCCACACUAUUCACCUUGUAGUCAAGCAGCCAAGAUAUGUUUGCUUUGUUUGUUUUGCACUGGAUCUUUAACACUAAUGUAGCUAACAAGUAAGGGAAGCAUUAUGCAAACUGCAUGAAUUUAUCAUUCAUUUAUCUGGUAUAAUCAUCAUCAGGAUCAUUUCUACCAUACAAUUUCUACUACCUUCACACUCCUACCUCCUUCCUGGGUCUGGUGCUGGUGCUGGUGCUGAGUAAUACCAAACUGUGAUGAGGACUCAAAAAUUAGCUUCAAAUGUUUUUAUUCAGGGUCAUCCUUUUGUUCAUUUUUAUAGACACUAGUCUGUGUCAGAAAACACAUCAAGUCUGUUUGAGACACUGAAAAACUUUCAUUUCAAUCAUUCGAGGUGAGUGUAAUGAUUAGCACAUGCAGUUAGCACAAAACUAGCCGGCUAUAUAACUAGCCACUAUAAUGCUACACUCGAACGCUGUUCUGUUUUCAUUGUGAUUAAGAGAAGACCACUAUUGUGCAUUAUUUAGCUUGUUCAACAUUAAAAAAAAGAAAAAAAAGAAGACAAAUUAACUCACAAUAUAGCUGACUUUUAUGUUGUUCAUAUUUACAGCUGUGUACUAGCUAGCUAAUUCUUAGCCACGGUCAAAUGUUCCCCUGAUUUAUAUAGCACAUAAUGUAACAAUAUCACUGCAAGGGUGUUUGGACAUUUUAACAGUGAGAUGUCAAUCACAGUUUAAAACAAGUGUUCAAACUUAAUUACAUUAAAUUAAAUGUACACUUGCAUAUUUGGAGGCAAAACCAAACUGUCACGAGAGGCUAGUUUUCACCUAAAGAAGCUAUGACCUUUUCUGGUUCCAUGUAUCUGACCAUUUCUUUAGUUCCCUCAAGUCUAGACCUAUUAUACUGAGAGCGGUCCGGCAGUGUUGGGGAACAGAAAACCCCUUUGACGACUUCUCACAAUGACCCAUGUCAUGAAGAAAGUUUUUCAGGUUCCCAUUAUGUGCUAUAUAGAGCUGAGGAACAUAGGACACCAUGAACAUAGAUACCCUCCAGUCAAGACGAGAGGAUUGUGUUCACCUUUAUUCCAUUUGAACAUACUGAAACCUUUCCUUACUUGUUAGCUGAUUAGACCUGUAGCUCCAGUGCAAAUAAAAUAAAUCGUAAGUUAUGCUGAUCGCAUGCACAAACGGUUAGUCGAAAGUUAAGCUAAAGUAGCUGUAAUGCUGGUGCGACAUGUAAGUCAACAAGAUGUUUUACUCAAGGCUCACAAUCAUUACUUUCCACUCACUCUCUUCAAAUGAUGAGGCAUGUACUGUACUGAAUACAACGAUCACUUGAAAUUAGGCAUGUGCCAGUGUUAAAGUUCCAUAUUGCAAUAAUUGUUUUAUAAAGGUACUGGUGGUAUUAUCGUCAACUAUUUUCAUAAAAAAACAAAACACAACAAAACAAAUCUACCCCUUCCGUUUUAAUGGGCAGCAUGUAUAAACAAAGUUAGCUCUUAUAGCUAAACCUCACAACCACAGCUAACUAACGCAGUUUAGCUAGCUAGUUACACAUGCUGCCCAUUACACUGUGUUAUACUAAUUAGCUAAAUGACGACUUUUGGCAAUCUUUGAAGUAAUUCUUAAGAUCUUCGGCACAUGCCUACUUGAAAACGAACUGUAAUGUCUAAUUUCUGUACUCAAAUGACGUCACGUCGUGCUAACGUCAAACCGCAAGCAAUAUCUACAGCUUUUGCAUAUUCUCGACAUAUUUAGGGCUUUGUAUUGCACGUUUUUAUAAAAUUCUGCAGAUUUUUAUAAGAACAGCUGAUCAGCAAUGGUACCGUUUUCCACUCAGUCAGCUUCUUUAGAUAAAUAGACAAUUCAUCGAGCAUGCAAGUCAGGGAUUUUCUUUCUUUUCUUUUUUUUUUGGUUACAUUUGUUUUAUUAAUUAUGAUAAAUCAAGCAAUGUAGAACAAAAAAAAAAAACAAACAACUUGUUGCUGUUUUGUGAACAUGUGCCCUCUGUUUUAUGAGGACGUUUACAGCCAUUCGAGUGGUUAACGCAUCAUGAUGUGUUUACUGUUGAAUGUACGAUUCACAUUGUGCCUUGUUUUCUACAAUAAAAACGUAUUUAUGAGUUAUU